CGAGGACGGCGAGGGGAAGAAAGAAGUUUAUAUGUGGGUGUGGAGGGGUUUUUAAAGAAGCCUCCGACUUUUCACUUCCCCAGCGUGGAGAAACACGUUGCAGCUAGUGUGAUCUAUUUAACCCAUAAAUCUGAUGAUGCCUUCUCCUGCUUAAAAACCUUCGUUGGCUCUCAUCACCUGUAGAAAUUGUGAGCAUCUCCAGGACAGGAACAGUGUCUGAGUCACCUCCAUGUCCCCAUUGCCCAGCCCAGAGCAAUAAACACUUGAUGUAAAUCAAGUAAAUCAGUAAAUACUUGAUGAAUGUGUGAAUAAAGACCAUCCAGGAGCCUUGAGGAACAGUCCCUCUCCCAGGAGUCCCUUGAAGAACAUACCAUAGAUGCAGGAAGACAUUGAAUGAAGAUAGCCCAGCUGAAGUGAGACAUCCAGGCUAGACCAUGGCGGUGGCCCUGGAAUCCCAGGCCCAGGCCUCUCCCACACCAGAGCCUGAAGACCUCCUGGUUGUGAAACUGGAGGAGGACUUGUGGGGAUCAGAAUCUAAACCCCAGGAGAAGGACCAUGACCCUGUUCCUGGCCCUGAGGCCUCCCGCCAGCGCUUCAGGCAGUUCCAAUACAGGGAUGCAGCUGGACCUCACGAGGCCUUUAGCCAGCUCUGGGCUCUGUGCUGUCAUUGGCUGAGGCCAGAGAUCCGCCUCAAAGAGCAGAUCCUGGAGCUGCUGGUGUUGGAGCAGUUCCUGACUAUCUUACCCAGGGAGAUCCAGGCUUGGGUGCAGGCGCGCCACCCUGAGAGCGGUGAGGAGGCAGUGGCCCUGGUGGAGGACUGGCACCGAGAGGCCCGGGGUGCAGGACAGCGGGAACUGGAAUUGUGUGCAGAAGAGACCAGGUCCUUAAAAGCAGUGCAAGAAUCUCAGAGUUUCCAGCUGCAGCCAAUGGAUCACUGGCCUGAGGGACAGUCCCAGAAGCAGUGGGUGAAGAAUACAUGCCCUGACCUUUCCAAUUACCUAAAUGCCAAGAUGGUACCACAGCCCUUGAAAGAGAGUGCUGUUCUUACUCCUCGAGUCCCUACUCUCCCAAAGAUGGGGAGCGUUGGAGAUUGGGAGGUAACAGUUGAGACCCAGGAAGCCUUGGGCCCUGGCAAACAUGCUGAGAAGGAGUUCUGCAAGGACCCCCCAGGAGACAACUGUGGGAACAGCGUGUGUCUGGGAGUUCCAAUUGAAAAACCAACUAUUACCUCCCAGCGAGAGCAAGGACCAGAAUUCUGGGAUCUAAACCUUAUAAAUUCUGAGAAAAGGAACACUGCAGAUUAUAGCCUGGAUAAUGAGCAAACAAAACCAGCUCAGGCAUUGACCUGGAGGGAUUCAAGGGCCUGGGAAGAACAGUACCAAUGGGAUGUGGAGGACAUGAAGGUGUCAGGUGUUCACUGGGGCUAUGAGGAGACUAAGACUUUCCUGGCAAUUUUGAGUGAGUCUCCUUUCUCUGAAAAACUCCGGACUUGUCACCAGAACCGCCAGGUAUACCGAGCCAUUGCAGAGCGGCUAAGGGCACGGGGCUUCCUGCGGACACUGGAGCAGUGUCGGUAUAGGGUCAAAAACCUCCUACGUAAUUACCGGAAAGCCAAGAGUAGCCACCCACCAGGGACCUGCCCCUUCUACGAGGAGCUGGAGGCCCUGGUGAGGGCUCGGACUGCCAUGAGAGCCACAGAUGGCUCAGGAGGUGCUGUGGCUCUCCCCAGGCUGGGGGAUAGUGAUGCAGAAAUGGAUGAACAGGAAGAAAGUGGCUGGGAGCAUGAGGAAACAGCAGAAGACUGUAACAGUGCUGGUCUGGCCCCUGAUGAGUCCGCCCAGGGGCCUAGGAUUGCAGGGGGGCCAGCUCUACUCCACAGUCGUAUUGCAGGUGUGCACUGGGGCUACGAGGAGACCAAGGCCUUCCUGGCAAUUCUCAGUGAGUCUCCAUUCUCUGAAAAGCUUCGCACCUGUCACCAGAACAGUCAGGUGUACCGGGCCAUUGCAGAGCGGCUGUGUGCACUGGGCUUCCUACGGACCCUGGAGCAGUGUCGGUACAGAUUCAAGAAUCUCCUUCGAAGCUACCGGAAAGCCAAGAGCAGCCACCCACCAGGGACGUGCCCCUUCUAUGAGGAGCUGGACUCGCUGAUGAGGGCUCGGACUGCAGUCAGGGCCCUGGGGACUGUCAGGGAGACCACAGGUCUUCUUAGGUCUGGGCAGAGCAGUACUGAGGCUGAUGACCAGGAGGCCUGGGGUGAGAUGGCAGAUGAAGAUGCCAUCAGACCUCCAACCCCACAUCCUAAAUCCCCAGACAUGGGUUUUGAGAUGAGGAAUGAAGAUGAAGAUCAGAUGUCAGAGCAGGACAUUUUCGAAGAUUUGCCUGGAACCUUAUCAAAGUGUACUACAGAGGCUGUUUGCCAACCUCAUGAUUGGGGGGAAGACAGUGAAAAUGAAAACGAAAGUGAAGGACAGUGGGGAAAUCUGCCACAGGAACAAUGGGAAGAAUGUUCUUCUGAAGAGGACUUAGAAAAACUUAUUGACCAUCAAGGCCUGUAUCUUGCAGAGAAACCCUACAAGUGUGACUCAUGCAUGAAAAGCUUCAGUCGGAGCUCCCACUUCAUUGCCCACCAGCGGAUCCACACAGGUGAGAAGCCCUACAAAUGCCUUGAAUGUGGAAAAAGCUUUAGUGACCGCUCCAACCUCAAUACCCAUCAGAGAAUCCACACUGGAGAGAAGCCCUACCAAUGCCUUGAAUGUGGGAAAAGCUUUAGUGACCAUUCCAAUCUUGUUACCCACCAGAGAAUCCACACAGGGGAAAAGCCCUAUAAAUGUGGGGAAUGUUGGAAAAGCUUCAACCAGAGCUCAAACCUUCUGAAACAUCAGAGAAUCCACUUGGGAGGAAAUCCUGACCAAUACAGUGAGCUUGCAGAAAAUUUUGGUCAAAACCCAUCUUUUAGUGCUCAUUGGAGGAAUUCUACAGAGGAGACAUCUACUGAACAACCUCAAAGUAUCAAUAAGAACUUGAAUUCUCCUGGAUUGCAUGGUGCCAAUUCAGGGGAGAAACUUUAUCAGUGUUCUGAAUGUGGAAGAAGCUUCUCUAAGAGCUCUGCCCUCAUUAGUCACCAAAGAAUCCAUACUGGAGAGAGGCCAUAUGAAUGUGCUGAAUGUGGGAAAAGCUUCAGUAAGAGCUCCACCCUGGCCAACCACCAGCGAACCCACACUGGGGAGAAGCCAUAUAAGUGUGCAGACUGUGGGAAGUGCUUCAGUGAGCGCUCCAAGCUCAUCACACACCAGAGAGUGCACACAGGAGAGAAGCCCUACAAAUGCCUCGAGUGUGGAAAAUUCUUCCGUGACCGUUCUAACCUCAUUACUCACCAGAGGAUUCAUACAGGAGAAAAGCCGUAUAAGUGCAGAGAGUGUGGGAAAUGCUUUAACCAGAGCUCCAGUCUUAUUAUUCACCAGAGAAUCCACACUGGGGAGAAACCCUACAAGUGUGCAGAGUGUGGCAAAGACUUCAACAACAGCUCCCACUUCAGUGCCCACCGGAGAACCCACACAGGAGGGAAAGCAUCAUAGGAGACACCUCCCCCCACAACAAAGGAGAGGUGUAUAUUUCCAUUUUCCAAGAUCAUAAGACAUAUGCUGGAAAGAAACCUUCCAAUUUUUAAGCUUGGUGUAUACCCAGGGAAGUUAUUGUGGUAUAAUCCAUAUGACUUGGAAAUGAAUUACAAAUAUUAAGGAUCCAGAUUUGAAGGCACUUUUCUCUCAAGUGUAGUUUUUCUCCUGAAAAAACCCACACGCAAUCCUCAGGCUGUCCUUGUAUUUACUAUCAUGUGGGAACUUUAUCAGUAUUUGAGCCAAAUUGGUAAUUUAGGGGAUUAGAUUUAAAUCAGUAGCCCUGAGCAGUGAUUCUAAACUCUUGCUGUGCCUUCACACCAUCUGCAUGUAUACACACCCCAUCAGAAGUGGUUCCCAUACAGUUUCAUAUCCUCAUGGGAGAACUUUGAGACUUGGUGGUGAGAGAGGAGCUGGCCUGGAGCAUAUCACUGCAAGCUCAGCAAAGAGUAGGAACA